AAGCACUGCUCUUGUUUCUCUUGCUCUCUUCGUUGAGAUCAUCGAUGGAUGCUCCGAUGAGCCGAGCAGUGAAGAGCGUGUGCACCGAGCGCAAGAUGGUCCAAGAGAGGUCGGAGGCCGGUGAAGCGCGGCCCAUUGAGUAUAUAGUAAAAGAGUCCCAACGCCCAGCCGAUGCUAAGCCGCUGCUGGCUUCUCCGCUUCCCGUCGUCCAUCUUGGCCAGCCGGAUGAGGCCGAGGAGAUCAAGGCCGCCCUUCAGUCCUGGGGCAUGUUUCAGGUUAUUGAUCAUGGUAUGCCACCAUCCUUUCUGGAUGAAGUCAGAGAUGUUGCAAGAGCUUUCUUUAAACUUCCAGUGGAGGAGAAGAAAAAAUAUAUCAAUAUAAGAGAUGGAAUGUUUGGAAGAGAGGGAUAUGGAAAUGAUCAAGUUAAAGUAGAAGGCCAGAUCCUUGACUGGACUGACCGCCUUUAUCUCUUUGUCCAACCUGAAGAUCAAACGAAACCAGAACUUUGGCCAACAAAUCCAACUUCUUUUAGGGAUGUAUUGCAUGAAUUUACAAUGAAGACAAAAAAGUUAGUCGAGGAUGUCCUAAAGACAACUGCAAAGUCACUGGAACUGAAUCAAGAUUCCUUUGAAAGCCAUCUCGGAGACAAGUUCUCAAUAUUGGCAAAAUUCAACUACUAUCCAUGUUGUUCAAAGCCUGAUCUUGUGUUCGGCGUCAAACCUCACUCUGAUGGCACUCUGAUCACUGUAAUUUUACCUGACAAAGAUGUGGAGGGACUUCAGGUAAUGAAUGACGGCGAAUGGAUCACAGUGACCACUUCCCCUCAUGCUUUGAUCAUUAAUAUAGGAGAUCAAAUGGAGAUAAUGAGCAAUGGAAUAUUUAAGAGCCCUGUUCAUAGGGUGGUCACAUUUUCGGAUAAGGAUAGGAUAUCUAUUGCUAUGUUUUGUGCAAAUCUACCCGGAAAAGUGAUAGGACCGGUAGAUGAACUAGUGAAUGAUAUGAGACCAAGGAUGUACAAAAAUGUGAAGGUGAAGGACUAUGUUGAGGUGUUUCAGCAGAGGUUUCACCAAGGAAAGAGUGCCCUUGAUUGGGCUCAAGUCUUAUAAAAAUACUUGGACUAUUCAGUGAUAAAAAGACUACGUAUGUUGUAGCCAUAAUAAUACACAUAUGUGUGAUAAAAAGACUAUGUACCUUGUAGCCAUAAUAAUACACAUAUGUGAGUGGAGAAGUCGUUUGGUGCUUUGUAGUGAAAGACUUUUCCUGUAAAGUCUUUCACUGUAAAGUCUUUCCCUGCAAUUACUUUCCCUUCCCUGCAAAGUAUCAAAACUAUGUUUGGUAUAUAUAAUAAAAAUUGUAAUUGUAAUGCAGGUAAAGUUAAUUCCUUCGUUUGGCA